GGUUCGCUGCUCUCGCUCAGCUCAGUACCGAACCAGUAUUCGCGAGUGAAUCACGCAGCUUUUUUUUUUCGAACGGCUCGGCUCCUAUCGGGGAGAAAAUUUAUAACUAAGCUAAUAUUUAGUACCGACUUGAGCUUAGUCCGGGUCGGAAGUUGCUAGUGCCAACGCGUCAAAGUGCCGGAAAUAAUCUGCCUUUUUAAGAAUUGUGCCUAUAGUUAUUAGGAGUGAGACCAUUUUUUGAUAGUUUUAAACCAAAUUUGAGUGUUUAGAAGAAAAAAAAUGCACCCAGCAUUCGACGAUGCAGGAACCAGUGCUGGCCUUCUGGUUUGGAGAAUUGAGAACUUCGAACCGGUCCCGGUUCCGCCAAAGACGUACGGGAAAUUCUACACCGGUGACUCGUACAUAGUGUUGAAUACCAAACAAUCCAAGAGCGGUGUGCUGUCCUGGGACAUUCACUUCUGGCUGGGUCUGGAGACCACCCAGGAUGAGGCCGGUUCCGCAGCGAUCCUCAGCGUCCAGCUAGACGAUCGUCACAACGGUGCACCGAUUCAGCACCGCGAGGUUCAAGAUCACGAGUCGAGUCUGUUCCUGAGUUACUUCAAGGGUGGAGUCCGGUACGCCGACGGAGGCGUCAAGAGUGGCUUCAACGAGGUCGAAACCAACGCCGCCGGUGAGCGGCGCCUGUUCCAGGUCAAGGGCUCGAAAAACGUACGCGUGCGGCAGGUCCCGAUUGGAAUCGGUUCGAUGAACAAGGGUGACUGUUAUAUUUUGGACGGCGGGCAUGAAAUCUACGUGUAUGUGGGCCCAAGGGCGAAGCGCGUUGAGAAGAUCAAGGCGAUCGCGGCCGCGAGCCAAAUUCGCGACCAGGACCAUGCGGGCCGGGCCAAUGUGCACAUUAUCGACGAGUUCGCUAGCAACGCUGAACAACAGGAGUUCUUCACCGUGCUGGGUGAGGGAUCUCCGGACGAGGUUGCGGAUGAAUCCGAGAGCGAUGAGCAGUACGAGAAGAACGCGUGCACCACCGUUGCGCUGUAUCACGUUUCGGAUGCCGACGGAAGUCUCCAGAUCAAGCCGGUUGGCGAGCGUCCGCUGAAGCAGAGCAUGCUGGACUCGGACCAGGAUUGCUACAUUUUGGACACCGGAUCAUCGGGGAUCUACGUUUGGGUUGGAAAGGGAGCAACCGCCCAGGAACGAUCACAGUCCAUGAUCAAGGCACAGGAGUUCAUCACCAGCAAGGGUUACCCGAUGCAUACCCAGGUUCAAAGGGUGAUCGAGAACGGUGAAACUACCGACUUCAAGCAGUACUUUGCUAGUUGGCAGGACAAGGGCAUCAGCCACAGCCACCUGAUCAAGGCAGCAAUGGAUGAGGACAGUUCAACCGAUGGUGAUGAUCGUGAAUUCGACCCGGAGAUCCUGCACAUGUUCAAGAAGAACGGAGGUCGUGCACUCGGAUUCAUGCCGGACAAUGGUCAGGGAGAAGCUGAGGUUUGGCGCGUAGAGAACUUCCAACUAGUCCCGGUAGAACCACAAACCUACGGAAUGUUCUUCGGCGGAGACUCGUACGUGAUCAAGUACGAGUACCGUAACAAGCACGGCGGUCACGGAUACAUCAUCUACUUCUGGCAGGGUAAGCAGUCCUCAACCGAUGAGAAGGCUUCCGCGGCCAUGCACGCGGUCCGCUUGGACAACGAACUCAACGGCAAAGCCGUCCAAGUUCGCGUUACCCAAGGUAACGAACCGCGUCACUUCCUGAAGAUCUUCAAGGGCAAAAUGAUCAACUUCACCGGUGGUCACGCCUCCGGCUUCAAGAACGUGCACGACCACGACACGUACGACGUCGACGGAACGCGUCUGUUCCGCAUCCGCGGAACCUGCGCCGACGAUGUCCGUGCGGAGCAACUGGACCAAGUCGCCGGAUCGCUCGCCUCGGACGACGUCUUCAUCCUGGAAACCCCGUCCACCACCUACGUCUGGCACGGCGUUGGAGCUUCCGACCUGGAGAAAGAGAUGGCCGCCAACAUCGUGGGAAUCAUCUCGCCGGACGCGAACCUGCAGCUGAUCGACGAGGGUUCCGAACCGGACGGCUUCUGGGCAGCGCUCGGCGGACAGGGAGACUACGAUCGCGAGCUGGACCCGACCGGAGCGCCGUUCCUGAGCCCGCGUCUGUUCCACUGCCGGAUCCUGUUCAACGGAAGACUUCGCGUCGAGGAGGUACCCCACUUCGAGCAGGAUGACCUCAACGUGGACGACGUGAUGGUGCUGGACGGUGGCGACGAGAUCUACUGCUGGAUCGGCAACGGAGCCACCGACGAGGAGCGCGCCAAGUCGAUCGACAUGGCCAAACAGUACAUCCGGACGGAUCCGUCGGAGCGCAGCGAAGAUACGGUGCCGAUCGUGAUCCUGAAGCAGGGUGACGAACCGCGCAGCUUCAAGCGACUGUUCCCGGCCUGGGACGACGGCCACUGGGAGUCGCAAGCAUCGUACGAGAGUAUCAGACAGCAAGUGUUGGACCAAAACCAGUAAGUGCUGUUAAACAUAUGAACAAAGUAUUUAAGUGAACGCGUUGCUUCCGCACAAAAAAAUAACAUGAGCCAAAUGUUUUUAAUAUGUGAUGAGUGUAUUCUAUUAAAAAUAGUGU